AUGACAGCUCUUGUUCCAGCAACCCUCUCCUUCCUUCUCCUCUGGACCCUGCCGGGGCAGGGCCUCCUCAGGGUGGCCUUGGCAAAAGAAGAAGUCAAAUCUGGGACCAAGGUGUCCCAGCCCAUGUCCCCCUCUGAUUUCCUGGACAAGCUUAUGGGGCGAACAUCUGGAUAUGAUGCCAGGAUUAGGCCCAAUUUUAAAGGCCCACCUGUGAACGUGACCUGCAACAUCUUCAUCAACAGUUUCAGCUCCAUCACCGAGACUACCAUGGACUACCGGGUGAACGUCUUCUUGCGGCAGCAGUGGAACGACCCACGCCUGGCCUACCGAGAAUAUCCUGAUGACUCGCUGGACCUCGAUCCCUCCAUGCUGGACUCUAUUUGGAAGCCAGAUCUGUUCUUUGCCAAUGAGAAAGGGGCCAAUUUUCAUGCGGUGACCACAGACAACAAGUUGCUGCGCAUCUUCAAGAAUGGAAAUGUGCUCUACAGCAUCAGGCUGACUCUCAUUUUAUCCUGCCCAAUGGACCUGAAGAACUUCCCCAUGGAUAUCCAGACUUGCACGAUGCAGCUGGAGAGCUUUGGCUACACCAUGAAUGACCUCGUGUUUGAGUGGCUGGAAGAUUCUCCUGCUGUCCAAGUGGCUGAGGGGUUGACUCUGCCCCAGUUUACCUUGCGGGAUGAGAAGGAUCUAGGCUAUUGUACCAAGCGCUACAACACAGGGAAAUUCACCUGCAUCGAGGUAAAGUUUCACCUGGAACGACAGAUGGGCUACUACCUGAUUCAGAUGUAUAUCCCCAGCCUACUCAUCGUCAUCCUGUCCUGGGUCUCCUUCUGGAUCAACAUGGAUGCUGCCCCUGCCCGGGUGGGCCUAGGCAUCACCACUGUGCUCACAAUGACAACUCAGAGCUCUGGCUCCCGGGCCUCUUUGCCUAAGGUGAAGAGACAUGCAAGGAAACUUGCUUGCCAUAGAGCUCCCCAUUUCCCAUUCAUCCUGUUCCCUCCUGCUGACUAUUUUCCUUGGAUUUAA